AUGCUUAUCAAACCUUCUACGGAGCUUCCGACGCCACGCCACAUCAUCCAGGACCGUGUGAUUGAAGAGCGGUACGAAGCUUCUCCCGUGCUCCCAAUCGUCACCAUCGACUGGGCCAAUGCCACGUUCGAUACGCUACUCGUGGCGCCCUCUCUCAUUGACAUUAUCUUGACUGCUAUCCCGGAAAAGGCCCGUACAGUUGGUACGAUCCACGUCACUUACCCUGAUACUACCGCUGCUGCCGAGACCGAAGAAUACGACGAGGACGAACAGCUCUAUCGCGCUGUAGAUCUCCACAGCUUCCACAAACCGCAAUCGUUUGAUAUCCAUGCCUUCACCUGCGAUGGCGCGGAAGUUGUGCUGGUGCUGGUGCCGUACUUCCAGGACACUAUCGUGUACAACUUGGUGGCGGAGAAGGUGGCUGCUGUGUUGGGAUCAAAGAGCAAGGUUAUCGCUCUAGCGCCGUCCUGGUUGAACAACAACGACUCGUUGAGCAAAUUAUUCACACGCGAUGAAGCGGUGUUUUCGUCACCAUUGUUGCCCCAGGUAUCACACUUGAAGCCGCCACUCUUUGUCACCGGUCCUUCCGCCGCGGUGGUGGCUGCCUGCCCAGACACGGAUUUACUCUGUUUGGCGCUCAAUGCAGAGGGAAACUCGGGGUUUGAGAAAAUCUCCCCCGAUGUAAUGAUCGACUGCUGUAUGAUAUUGGGCAGCUUGUUGCGGUUGGAUGAGGCUGGCGCGGAAAAGUACAUGCGCACCGUCAGCGCCGGCGUGAGAAAGUCCUUCAGUGGAACUUCCUCCACGUCAGGAAUGUAUCUUUAGGGAGGAGAGAGGUGGGUGAACUAUCGAUCGCUGAAAAU